UCGAAGUGCGCCCCGAGGUUGGUGGGGGCGGGAGUGUACAGAACGUAUGAAAACAGACGGGGAACAGGAAAAAAAGGCCCCUGGGGUUGCGGAGUCACAGGAAUUUGGAGCUGAGGCCCGGCAAAGAAGUAUCCACCAAAGUGAGGCAUUGAUUGUCCUGUUGAAAUCAGCUCUUAAUAUAUGUAGCUGCCCAAGUAUGAGUUUGGAAAGCACAACCUCUUACUAUAAUGGCAGAGCAGCUAACUGAUAAAACAAAAAUUACCCACAAAGCUACAGCAGGAGGAGAUUCAUUGUCCUUUGUAAACUCACUGAAAGUCCACAGAGAAUUGCUAGUCAAUCGAAUCCGCAACACCCAGUGUUUGAUUGACAACUUGAUUAAGAAUGACUAUUUCUCCAUAGAAGAUGCAGAGAUUGCUGCACAGUUUUCUACACAAGCAGACAAGGUCCGUAAAAUUCUGGAUCUAGCCCAAAGUAAAGGUGAGGAAGUUGCAGAGUAUUGCCUGUAUGUCCUGCAACAAGCUGGUGAUGCUUACUAUGACUUACAUCCUUGGUUGGAGGAGAUUGGCUUCCACCCAUCAGAAGUCAUUUGUAGCAAACCUGUGGAAAAUACUGACCCAGUCAGCAGAUACCAGCAGAAACUUAAAGAUGAAUUGUGCCGAGAAACAAAGUUCGUCAUGUCAUAUGCCCAAAAGGAAGACAUGUUGCUUGAAGAAAUAUAUUCUGCCAAUAUUAUGGAGUUUCUGAAUCAUAAAAAUGAGAAACUCAGUAAUGUGGAUGCUUUAGAAGAUCUACUUAUUGACAAUUUUGGGCUGAUCAAUGAAAAUGGAGAGACCAUCUAUAUCUUUGGAGAUGCUGGAAUUGGAAAGUCCUUGUUACUGCAAAAGAUGCAAAAUCUCUGGUCCAAGAAUGCCUUUGAUGUAGGGGCCAAAUUCUUCUUUCGUUUCCGAUGCCGAAUGUUCAGCUGCUUCAAGCAAGAAGAAGUGUUUUGUUUAAAGGAUCUUCUCUUCAAGUAUAAUUGUUUCCCAGAUCAGAAUCAAGAGGAGGUUUUCAACUUCAUUGUAAAAUUUCCUCAUACUGUCUUGUUUACAUUUGAUGGAUUUGAUGAAAUUCAUUCUGAUUUUGAUCUCAGUAGUAUUCCUGAAAUCUGCUCUCCCACUGAAUCUAUUCAUCCACUUGCUCUUCUGGUGGGCCUCCUCAGUGGAAAACUUUUGAAGGGAUCUAGAAAAAUUCUGACAGCUAGGACAGGGACAGAAAUUGAUAAAAAUAUUGUCCGGAAGAAAGUACAUCUUCGAGGAUUUUCCAGUAGUAACCUGAAAGAUUAUACUAAAGUGUUCUUCAAAGAUGAAGGAUGUCAGACUUUGGUUUUGAACCAACUGGAAGCCAACCCAAAUCUAAGCAGUUUGUGUUUGGUGCCAUUAUUUUGCUGGAUUAUGUUCAAAUGCUUUGAACAUUUCCACUCUGCAUUUGAUAGCCAUGAGCUCCCAGACGUCACUGUAACUCUAACGGACAUAUUCUUACUCAUGACUGAAGUCCACCUUAAUCGCAUUCAAAAGACAAAUUUGCUAAAGAAGAACAACAGAAGCCAAGAAGAAACAUACAGGUCCAAUAAAGAGAAAUUGUUUGCACUGAGUAAAAUAGCCUACAUAGGAAUGCAGAAAUCUCUCUUUGUCUUUGAGCAAGAGGAAGUCCUUAGUGACCUCCUUGAGCAGGAUUUACAUUUAGGAUUUCUCAGGACAGUUCCUAAUUAUGAAGGUACUGUAGACCAAUCUUGCUAUGAAUUCCUGCACUUGACCCUGCAGUCAUUUUUCGCAGCUUUUUAUCUGGUAACAGAUGAGAAAGUGGGGGCCAGGGAUUUGCUGCAGUUCUUUGCUGAAUGCUCCAUGCAAGACAGUACUCUGUCUUCCUGCUUGCCUCUUUCCUGGUUAAAAAAUUACCACCCAACAGGAGGAGAUCCUUUCCGAAAUAAAGAGCACUUUCAUUUUACUAAUCUCUUCUUGUGUGGGUUGCUUUCCAAGGCAAGGCAGAAACUCUUGAGGCAUCUGAUUCCUCUCAGUACAGUCAAGAAGAAAAGGAGGAUUCUUCUUGCCUAUUUUUUUGAAAGCAUGAAGUCUCACCUGAAGGGUCUCUCUCGGGCAAGGCUGAAGGAAUACAGACAGGUUCAAGUAAUGCCAAACUUUGUUUGGAUGCUGAGAUGCAUCUAUGAGACACAGAGUGAGAAAGUUGGUAAAGGGGUUGCCAAAUGCAUGCGUGCCAACUACAUCAAACUGACUUACUGCAAUGCCUACUCCGCUGAUUGCAGUGCCAUCUCCUUUGUUAUGCAUCAUUUCCAGAAACACUUGGCCCUUGAUCUGGACAAUAACAACAUCAAUGAUUAUGGGAUCAAGCAGCUGCAACCUUGCUUUAGCCAUCUGGCAGUACUCAGGGUGAGCGUGAACCAGAUCACAGAUCAAGGUGUGAGAGUGCUUUACGAGGAGCUGUCCAAAUUCAAAAUUGUGUCUUAUUUGGGCUUAUACAACAACCAGAUUACUGAUAUUGGAGCAAAAUAUGUGGCAAGACUCAUUGAGGAAUGUCCAAGCCUCGUCUAUGUUAAGAUAGGAGCAAACAAGAUAACAAGCGAGGGAGGGAAAAGUCUUGCUUAUGCCAUCAAGAAAAGUAAAACUAUGUAUGAAAUUGGAAUGUGGGGUAACAAGAUUGGGGAUGAAGGAGCAAAGGCUUUUGCAGAGGCACUGAAAAAUCACCCCACCUUAACCAAUAUCAGCCUUGCCUUUAACAGCAUCACUACAGAAGGAGGUAAAAGUCUCGCAGAAGCGAUGAAACACAACAGUGGUGUAAAUAUAUUUUGGCUAACAAAAAAUGAGUUGGAUGAUGAAGCAGCUGAGAGUUUUGCUGAAAUGGUAAAGGUUAACAAGAGAUUGGGCCAUCUGUGGCUUAUCCAGAACCAUAUUACAAUUCGAGGAGCUAGGAGCUUAGCUGAUGCUCUUCAGGACAAUACAGCUCUCAAAGAAAUCUGCUUAAACGGAAACCCAAUAAGUCAAGAGGAGGCCAAAGUCUUUGAAAAUGAAAAGAGACUUAUUUGCUUCUGAGAAACCUUUUCCAGAUUGGAUGGUAAUUGUCAUAUCAGGACAAUUAUAACUUUAUCAGUGCUCAGAGAAAUGCCAGAAGCCUUGGCAAAAUGAACCCAAAACUUGAAUAAAACAAUCACCCCCUAUGUGCCUAUCUUGACACUGAUGCUUGAAAGUAGGAUUAUGCCUUAAUAAUUAACCAGUUCUAUGCUAACAACAUUUGUGUUAGGUUUGUGGGAUGACUUUGAUUUUAUGCCCGGCCUCCAGAUACAUCAGCAGGAACCUGAUUCAGAAGAGAACACUGAAACUGGAGGAUCAGAACUGAGGGAACUCGCAGCCCAUCUGAAAAAAAUCUAUUGUCUGUCUUUUCCCUUACUCCACCCUCCCUCAAAUGUUUGCCCCACAUUUUUUUUGGGGGGGGGGGGAGAAAGAGAUUUGGAUGCUGCUGUUGCUACAGAAUUAGAUCCACCAAUGAAUCCUUUCUCUCAGUGGAAACAUAGCAAAUUGCCUUCAGUCAGUUUUGCCUUUGAUAUCAACCAUGAUUCAAAUGAAAGGAAUCAUGGUGCAAAGGAAAAUAGCAAGAUAGAUUUCUCCACAACCUAUUGCAGGUAUUAGUACUUAAGGUUUAGGACUUGAUUUUGCACUAUUACCCCUUUUAAGAGUAUGGGGAGUUUUGAGAAGAUUUGCAUUUUUCACAAAGAUUGUGGUAAAGAGCUAAUUUGUACACAGGUGAACAGAGUCCCCCAAAAUCACUAGUUUCAGAGUUAUGGGUAAAGCUUUUUUAUGUGACUUAAGUGAGACAGGCAAUGUAGAAAUGUGUUAAGUAAUGUGUUAUCGCACACCUAAAAGGGGCAGAGUUAAGGUAAAAGUUUGAUCACUAGUUAACUCCCCAUUUUGAAGCCAGUGACUAUCACUGUGGAUACAGUUUUGCUACUGGCUCACUUGAAAGUUGUGCUAAUUUACUCCUAGAUCUUCGGGAGAAGAGAGGAAAUGCAUCCAACAUGAUCACAUAAGUUGUCCUUAAUUGUGGUUUAGUGGUGUAGUCAAAUGAUGGGAUUAGUGUUACAGAAUGUUAAAUAUUAUUUGUUCAUUAAAAAAAUUCUCUUUCUAGUGUUUUGGUUAUCUGAGGAUAUUUAAUAAGGGCUGGAUCACAGCCUCAAUAUGUUGGAAGAGAGGUAUGGUAUAAAUGACCGAUAUUUGGGAGAUUCUCCAUUGUGCUAUCUUUUUGUUCAAGUAUUAAUAAAUUAGUUAUUAGGGGUUGGAAAUAGAAAUAAAAG